AUGAAUCCCACCAAGAAUACUAGAAAUACGAAAAGUCGACUCUCUCUUGCUAGCGAGCCCACUCGUCAUUCUUUCACCCCUCCAAAUAGACGGCACACACAUGCACUUGAUACACCUCGUCUCAGUCGAUCGAGAUCUACACAGUCUUCAAUGAGCAAUUUCGUGAGACCAAUCCAAAACACCAACUCUCUACCACUCGUACCAAGCAUCUCUUCACCAAUACCACACACUCCACACACACCGCAAUUACCACACACAUCACAAUCACCACAUACAUCACACACGCCUCAUACACCUCAAACAUCACAUACACCCCAAAGCACAACACCAAACGAUCAUACAAUCUUGUCAGGCGUGAUAGCAUACGUUGACGCCAGGACGGACGAUGGAGACGAUGUCACUGAAAGCAUGGAACGUCGAGUAGAAAAUUUGGGAGCAAAGGUAUGGAAUGCCAGACAUCAAAAGCGAGAACAGUUGGAUGGACUCAUUCUCUAA